AGUCACCUCGGGCUUGCGCAUCUGCCAUCUUGCAGACUCGAGGUUCCAAUCCUCCUCCUGAAGCUGAAUUAAUUUUCUCCUUAAGACCAUCUGGUCCAAGGGCCACCGUUUCUCCUUCUUUUACACUUUCAUCCUUCUUCCUUUGAAUGGGGAUUCUUUCGUUCUCUUCUUAAUCAUUUCCGCUUCUUCCCUGACACGCGUUCCCAGGGCCACUUUUCAACCCGCCCAGCCUUCCACCUACUUUUCUCUGGACUCCCCGUUACACUGCUUUUGGGAACUUGAGACACCUCUUCUCUCUGCUACAAGUCCAGCACACCUUUCUUUCCUCUCCAUACCCAUCCUACAACCAUGGCCAUCACAAAUGGUGGCCAGUCAACCGGCGCAGGGAAAGACGAGGCUGAACUCCGCCGCAGAAAUGUUGCCAGCUAUGAAAAGACCAACGGACAACACGUUUACAAGCUCGAGGCUGAAGAUACCAAGAAAUUGCAAAAGCCGCAAACGAGCAUCCUGCAAUUCCUUGAUGAUUGGGAGUUUUUGAUUGCCCCAAUCAUUUUUACAGCGUUUGCCUUGUUCACGAGGCUCUGGCGCAUAGGACUUUCUCCCAUUGUCACCUGGGACGAGGCUCACUUUGGCAAAUUUGGUUCACACUACCUCAAGCGGGAAUUCUACUUCGAUGUCCACCCUCCCCUGGGAAAGAUGUUGGUUGGCUUGUCUGGAUACCUGGCCGGAUACAAUGGAUCAUUCGAGUUCAAGUCCGGCGAGACAUACCCUGAAGAAGUGAACUACACCUUCAUGCGUAUUUUCAAUGCCAUGUUCGGCGUCGUUACCGUCCCUCUCGCAUACUACACCGCACGCGAACUGAACUUCAAACGAACUGGCGUCUGGCUCGUCACUCUUAUGGUGCUGUGCGAAAAUUCCUACGCUACCAUAUCUCGGUUUAUUCUACUCGACUCGAUGUUGCUCUGCUUCACCUUUACCACGGUCUUGUGCUGGGCAAGAUUUCAUCGGCUUCAACACAAGAGCUUCUCGGUAGAAUGGUUCAUCUGGCUUUUCUUGACCGGUUUGAGCAUUGGAUGUGUCUGCAGCGUCAAAUGGGUCGGACUGUUCGCCACAGCACUUGUUGGACUGUACACUGCGGAAGAUCUGUGGAAUAAAUUUGGGGAUCUGAAGAUGCCCAAAGUCGAGCUCGCAACCCAUCUGGUUGCUCGCGUUGUGGGCUUGAUCGUUAUUCCCAUCAUAGUCUAUAUGUUCUCCUUCUGGGUUCACUUCUUGAUCCUGGAGAACUCGGGCCCGGGCGAUGCGCAGAUGUCUUCCCUCUUCCAAGCCAACCUCCGCGGUACUGAAGUUGGGAGGGAUUCACCGCUUGAAAUUGCGCUCGGAUCCAAAGUCACCCUCAAGAACAUGGGAUACGGCGGCGGUCUGCUACAUUCCCACGUUCAGACAUAUCCGGAAGGAAGCGGUCAACAGCAGGUCACCUGCUACCACCACAAGGACGCCAACAAUGACUGGUUUUUCUACCCCAACCGAAGCCAGACUGACUAUGAUCCGGAAGGACCACUGAGCUUCAUCGCCGACAAACAAGUUGUCCGUCUUAUCCAUGCUCAGACUGGCCGGAAUCUCCAUUCACAUGCUGUUGCGGCUCCUAUCACUAAGGCCGACUGGGAGGUGUCCUGUUACGGCAAUGUUACUGUCGGCGAUGAAAAGGAUCACUGGCAAAUCGAGGUUGUUAGCGACGCGGCCUCUUCCGAUCGGUCUCGCAUCCGGACUUUGACCACGGCGUUCAGGUUGAAGCAUGUCGAACUCGGAUGCUAUCUUCGCGCUGGUACUGUCAACCUUCCUCAAUGGGGUUUCAAGCAGAUUGAAACAACCUGCGUGAAGAAGCCAAGCCCGCGGGAUGUCUAUACUCACUGGAACGUGGAAUCCCACGUCAACGAGAGACUCCCUCCUGGAAACGCCGCAAAUUACCGGUCACCAUUCUUCAAGGAUUUCAUUCAUCUCAACGUCGCCAUGAUGACCUCGAAUAAUGCCCUCGUUCCGGAUCCCGACAAGCAAGACGAUCUUGCAUCCAAGUUCUGGCAGUGGCCCAUUCUGCAUGUGGGACUUCGCAUGUGCUCAUGGGAAGAUCAUAUCACCAAAUACUUCUUGCUCGGUAACCCGAUCGUGUACUGGGGCUCGACGGCUUCAUUGGGUGUGGUUGGCCUUAUCGUUGCUUGGUACUUGGUUCGUUGGCAGCGUGGCUACAACGAACUCAGCCAGGCGGACAUUGACCAAAUCCACUACUCGGGAAUCUACCCAGUGAUCGGAUGGUUCUUCCACUACUUUCCCUUCUUGAUCAUGGGACGAGUUACGUACGUCCAUCACUACUACCCGGCUCUUUACUUUGCGAUCCUGGCGGCUGGAUUCUCCCUGGAUUGGACCACACGACGCCUCAACACCAAGGUGAGAUGGGGUGUUUAUCUCACCCUGUACGCUGUGGUCAUUGGAUUGUUUGUUCUAUUCAGCCCGGUUGUGUUCGGUAUGCAGGGAAGCAAUCGACAAUACGCGUAUCUCAGAUGGUUUGAUCGGUGGAGGAUUUCGGACGCCAAAAUGCGGGAUGAUGCUUGAUUCUCUAUUGAGAACCGGGAAACCCCUCAGACAUUCUCUUGAAAGCUACUCCAAGCACUUAAUGCGCCUUUUGAGACGAUACAUGCGAUGGUGUAACAAGGACACAUGGAACGUGGGAUAUGUGGACGCGGCGUCAUGAAUGGGCAAAAAGAAAACAUUUAGGAACACCCUGUUUUUGUAAAACCAAAAUGCAAUUGAUUCUUUUUUUUUGUGUCAGCAACGCACCAAGUUUCAGAGGAGAAUGGAGGAGUUUAGUGGUUCGG